CUUAAUAAUUAUUUGCUUUACAAAUCCAGGAUUAAGUUACGAAAGAUAUCCCGAUACGAGUGAGUGACAGAUUUUUAAUUCAAGAAAUUUAUGUACGCACAUGAUUUCCUUGUGAUUAUACAAUGCAAUAAACGAAUCGCGCUCUAUUACAGCUUGGGAAAGGCUGUCGGUAUUUUAUUUAAAAGCAUAUUAAAGAUGUGACUGCUGUACACGCAGAUUGUUAAAUAUAAACAAGUUUAAACAACUUUAAAAACUUAGUACGAUAAAAAAUUGGCACAUGAUAACGCGUACAUAUUGGGUUCACUAGCCCUAGCCUAAUGGUAAACUAAAAGCAUAAACAUAUUGAUAAACAAGUCAAAAUCAUGUUGAACUCUGGCAAAGGUUCCUUAUGAUAGCACAAGCGGGACCGCAGUUAUUUAUCUCAUGAUAAUGUAUUCUCUAGCGAACAUUCUUAAAUUGAUUGUGCCCGAAGCAACAUCUGCCGUAUUGUUUAGUUUAAAAUGUUCAAAUUGAUCCGCGACACGGGUAUAAGGGCACAGGCGUUAAAAUAUUUGAAACCAAUAAAAUGUGAAAGAACUUUGGCUGCGAGCACGUCGAAUCAGGAGGUGGUAUCGGCUGCAGAUGUUGUUAUUGUUGGAGGAGGAAUAGCGGGAUCUAACUUGUUAUAUCAACUGGCGAAGAGAGGUGUCAACGCAGUGCUAUUAGAAAGGGCUACAAUCACAAGCGGCACGACAUGGCAUACUGGCGGUUUGGUGUGGUCACUGCGACCAUCAGAUUUAGAAGUAAACCUGUUAAGGGACUCAAUAUCAGUCUACAGUAGCUUGCAAAAUGAGGUCGAAGAUUACGCUGGUUGGAUUAACAAUGGUGGAAUGUUUAUAUCAAGGAGUAAGACCCGAACACAAGAAUACAUGCGCCUGCACACACUAGGUAACGCGAUGGGAAUUAAGAGCGAAAUUCUAGAUCCAAACGAGGCACAAAAACUGUUCCCGUUGUUAGACCCUUCAGUGUUCCAGAUGGCAUUGUAUGUACCUACUGAUGGCACGAUCGAUCCCACGAUGGCAUGUGGUGCUCUGGUGAAAGCAGCUUCGAAGUACGGUGGUAAGGUUUAUGAAAAUUGUCCAAUUCUGGAUAUUCACUAUUCGCACAAUGCCCUUGGAAAUAAAGAAGUAACAGGCGUGUACACUGAUAAAGGCAUCAUUAAAACCAAAUGUGUUGUAAACUGUGGAGGUGUUUGGGGUCCUCGAAUAGCAAGAUUCGCCGGCAUACCAUCAUUGCCUCUGGUGCCGUUCAAACACGCUUACGUUUUGUGCGAACCCACGCCAGAAAUACGCAACUGUCCUAACAUAAGAGAUCAUGACACUAAUCUAUAUAUAAAGAUACAAGGAGAGACAUGUGCCGUCGGCGGGUAUGAAGGAAAUCCGCAUAUGUUAGAUCAGGUUCCAGACAAUCUUCAAUUCCAUCUAUACGAGUUAGAUUGGGACAUAUUCGGUGUUCAUUUGAGUAGCGCUUCAUCGUUAUGUCCCAAAUUAGGAGAAUUGGGAAUUAAAAGCACAAUAUGCGGACCAGAAUCUUUCACGCCAGACCACAAACCUUUAUUGGGGGAAGACCCAAAUCUUUACGGUUUAUAUCACAACUGUGGAUACAACUCAGCUGGAAUGAUGUUCUCGGCGGGCUGCGCUAUACAGAUGGCAGACUGGAUUAUUAGCGGCAGACCAAGCCUCAACAUGUUUACUUUCGACAUCCGUCGCUUCACCCCCGCGCAGAUGUCCCGCGCACACUGGAUGCGUGAGAGCAGUCACGAGGCCUACGUCCUGAAUUAUAGUAUCGUAUUCCCCCAUGAUGAAAAGCUUGCAGGACGAGACGCGAGUCACGAUGCACUGCACCAAGAGUUAGUUGACGAUGGCGCGAUCAUGCAGUCCAGGGCGGGGUGGGAGAGACCUGCGUUCUUCAUGGCUGGAGAAAAGAUAAGAGUCCAACAAUACGAUUGGGGCGGAACCGAUGACUAUCCCAGGAAUAUAGAUCAGCGUUAUGAAGAAAUCGUCAAAGGAGACCAUUCGUUCGACUUCUCUAAACAUCAUGAUCUCAUUGGCGAAGAAGCUUUAGCGUGUAGAAAUAAAGCGGCGCUAUUCAAUAUGUCGUAUUACGGAAAGUUCUACAUAACCGGACCUGACGCGCAACGGACGGCCGAACUGGCGUUUACAUCUGACUUAUCUAAAAAGGAUGACAGGGUAGUUUAUUCACUGCUGCUGAACGAGAAAGGUGGAGUAGAAGCUGAUGUUACUGUCAGUAUCCUAGACGGUGGCAGUGGACAAUUGCACGAACCUAUUUUCAAGGGUCGUGGAUACUAUGUGGUCACAAGUGGUUUCAACGCGAACCACACCUUGGCACACCUACGGCGAAUUAUCCAAACCCGUAAAUUACGAGCAAACAUUACUGAUGUGUCGAAACAACUCUGUAUUCUCAGUGUACAAGGGCCUAACAGUCAAAGAAUCCUGCAGCGUUUCACCAACGCUGGGCUUUCAAACGACGCGUUCCCAGUGAACACUCACCGCAGCAUACAAGUGUCGAAGGCGCCGUACUCGGCAGAGAACAAGCUGUUCACCUGCAGAGCUCUCAGAGUGGCGUGGUCUGGCGAGCUGGGCUGGGAGCUCCACGUGCCGUCCGCCAACGCGGUGCAGGUCUACAGGGCGCUCACGGCAUCCAAGGACUUGAGGAAUGCUGGAUGGAGAGCUUUGACUUCAUUGAGCGCUGAGAAAGGUUAUCAUUUAUGGAAUGCUGAUUUAAGAUCUGACGACAACCCAGUAGAGGCCAAUUUAACUUUUACAUGUAGAAAGAAUGGUGAAUACAUUGGCAAUGAACAAGUUGACAAAUUUCUUAAAAACGGCGUAACCAAAAAAUACGCAUACUUCACUUUGGAGGACAAGAUUCCAUUGUUUGGACAAGAAGCUAUCUACAGAAAUGGAGUACCUGUAGGAUAUCUUCGUAGAGGCGAGUAUGCUUACUACUUGGACAAGCCGAUAGGUAUUGGCUACGUUACAAACAAAGGGUCUAUAGUCACAAAAGACUAUUUAAAGAGCGGAGAAUACGAGGUAGAAGUAAUGGGGAAGAAACACAAGGCAACGUUUCAUUUCAAAUCGCCGUUCGAUCCUAGCGGACAAAGACUUCUUGGAAACUACGGAGAUCAAGGAAUGGAUGAAAAUACGCACGAACCUCAUGCAGGGCAAAACGAAAGAGCUGGCGGCAGUGAAUAAGAAUAAUUAGUUACUGUUAACAUAAUAAACGACUGAGAUUAUUAGGUA